CAUUUUGGGCUUUUUCUCUCUUUUUUUCUCGUUACACAUGUCCUUAAUGUAAAUUCAAUCUGCAGUCUACAUGAUGGGGUACAUUUAUCUAUGCAUGGUCCUCAGGGUUUUCAGAGCUCUUCACAGGACAAGACAAAGGGUUUUCAAAGAAGAUGAAAAGGCACUGACAGCGGCAAGACAGAAGAUAAAUGAGGAGUUCAGGAAAAAUAUGCACGAGGCAUCUGGAGAAAAAGUUGAAAAGAUGAUCAAAAUGGCUUCAGAUGUUGAGAAGGUACUUCGCCAGACUGUGAUACAAAUGGAGCAUGUUGGAGAUGGCCUUUUACUGCGGCCUAGAGAGGAGCUGCUUCUUGAAAAUGUUCCCUAUUGUGACACACCAAGGAAAAAGUCGUGACCUUAUUUUGGACUUUUGUUGAAUUUUGUUUAGGGAUGCACGAUGUACCGGCCAGAUGUAUCAGUAUCGG